AUGCCCCGUAGCGUAGCACGGGUUUCUGCUAGUGCUGUCAGAAACCGUUCCAAAGUUCACCAUGAACUCAGCCAGUGCCACCAAAACCCCUUCGCCUUUACGAAGGUUCGCGGCCCAUACUACGACGACUUGCGCGUCACAAGCAUCUAUCUAUGGCAAAUGUAUCCUGGCUUCAUAUACAGACUGUUUACGACAAGCAAUGGCUCGCAAGUAGAUCAACACCGAACCCUUGAAGCAGCGUUCAAGUAUCCAACCAGCGCUACUCUAGCUCUUGCGAUGCGGUCUCCCUCAUGGGAAUAUGGUAGAAGUGCCGAGGGGUAUGGAGGGCAUUUCGACUGGCGUAAAUUGGCAGAGACGCUGAAAGAUCUCACACUCCGAGCUACAACAUAUGCUCUUUCGCAUUCUCUACUCUACCUCCCACCCGCUCAACAGCAGCCUCUUACUCCUGCGGCCGCAAUCCAUGCACCCAUAUCCCUUUUCCCAUCUCCACUCCCUCGUCGACUCUUUGAGCUUGCACGCCGUUUGCAGUCCACAUACAACAUUCUGUACGCCAGGAUUGCUCUAGAUGUCGAGUUUUUAGAUCGCGUUAUGGGAACUGUUGAAGGCGUCGGCAAGGUCGACAAUUUUGUCGGUCAGCUAUGGACGGGAUGGAAGAAACUUAGAGAUGAGGGUUCUGGUCUUAUCCAACCAUUACAACUCGGUCUUUUUCGAUCCGAUUAUUUAAUGCAUUCUUCCGAAACAGAACUAAGUUUAAAACAAGUCGAAUUUAAUACGAUCUCUUCGUCCUUUGGACCUCUUUCUCAGCAAACGGCCGCGUUGCAUCGCCAUCUGUUUGCUUCGACUGGAUACUUCAACUCGUACUCGAGCAUGAAGGCUGAAGAUUUCCCCACCAACGAAACGAUAGCUGGUCUGGUUUCGGGUCUGGCCGCGGCGCACUUCGCUUAUGGCGUCAAAGAUGCGAAGAUCCUCUUUGUCGUCCAGCCUGGGGAACGAAAUGUUUUCGACCAACGUCUGCUUGAAUAUGAAUUGCUUGAGAAGCAUUCUAUCCAGGUCGUUCGUCAAACCUUCGAUCAGCUUGCUCUUAACGCGUCUCUGGAUCCAGCCACUUCAAGGUUAUUGCUCUCGACCGGGACUGAAAUAUCGACGGUUUACUUCCGCGCCGGCUACACUCCGACAGAUUACCCGACCUCUGCGCAAUACGAGACACGUUUUAUUCUCGAAAAGUCGCGUGCCAUCAAGUGUCCGUCGAUAGCGCUACAAUUGGCCGGUGGGAAAAAAGUGCAGCAGGUGUUGGCAGAGCCGGGAGUCCUUGAGCGAUUCAUGGAUGACGCUGAUGCGAGAAAUUUGCUGCGGACCAGCUGGAUGGGAAUGUGGGCAUUGGAGAGCGAUAUAGAAAGAACACGCAUCGAAUCUCACAAGCUCGUGCUUAAACCACAACGAGAAGGCGGAGGGAAUAACGUUUAUAAAGAGGCCAUCCCACCAUUCCUUGAUUCUUUACCUGAACCGGAACGGGCGGCUUGGAUUGCAAUGGAACUCAUCGAGCCGCCGGAAGGUACAGGUGGCUAUCUUGUUCGUUCAGGGGUGGAUCAGGCGAUGAGGACAGAAGUCGUUAGUGAAUUAGGAAUUUUCGGCUGGGCACUCUAUGGCGGUCGUGAUGGGAAAAUAGAAGAGAAAGAAGCGGGAUGGCUUGUGAGGACCAAAGGAAAAGAAAGCAACGAAGGCGGUGUUGCAACUGGAUUUUCUGUGCUGGAUUCAAUAUUUUUGGUCAAUGAGGACGUAAUCUAA